AUGUCUCUCAAGACUCUUCUCACCUCGACCCUUUUCGCGGCGUCUGCCUUCGCACAGUAUGGCAGCGGUGGUUACGGUGGCGGCAGCUAUGGAGGUAGCUCCGACAGCGGUAGCGGUGGUUGGAGCAGCUGGGGCGGAGGCAGCAGUCAAGGACCUCCUGCAUUGGCCGCAGCGUCUUGCCCAGCUGGUUGCCAACCCAUGCCGACCGGCGGCGCACCACCAAUGGCGACUCAACCAGGUCAAUUGAUUGUCCAGGUCGUCUCUGUCUCAGACGCCAACGGCUCUCUGAAGUACUUUCCCGACAAGGUCACCGCGCCAAUUGGUUCUAUUGUCCAGUUCCAAUUCCACCCAAAGAACCACACAGUCACAGAGUCGUCGUUUGCUGAGCCUUGCAAACCUAUUGCCGCCAAUCUCACCUCGGCCACCCGCCCUGGCUUGAAGUCUGGUUUCGUUCCGCUCACCGGAACAGAGCCAUUCACCCCGGUCUACAACGUUCUGGUCAACGACACAAAGCCCAUCUGGAUUUACUGCGGCCAAACCAACCAUUGCGAAAAGGGUAUGGCUAUGGUCAUCAACCAGAACGACUCCUCGCCCAAUACUAUUGAUGCCUACAUUGCCAACGCGGCUAAGAUCCCGCUCGUUAAUGUCACCACACCUCCCCCCUCCGGCAGCUCUCCACCUCCGGCCUAUGGCGGUCCGCCACCGUCGGAGUCAUCUGCACCUCCUGCUGCUCCCCCAGCUGCACCUCCGGCUGGAUCCUCGACUUUCGCCUUUGGUGGUCCUCCUCCGGCAAGCUCCACGCCCGUUGCGCCAGAACAGACUGUGGCUCCGCCUUCGAGCUCAGCAGUUGUGGCCCCUGCCACAUUUACUGGUGCCGCUGUUCCAGGCUUCGUGCCUCAAUCAUCAACCGGUGUGGUCGGUCUUGCUCUCGGUGCGCUGUUGGCUUUGUGGUAA